UAAUGAUAAAGGCCAAAGGGGUUUUGUUUUUCUAAGGUUUUUGAAAGGGUUUUAGACUGUCAACACUCCUCCAUUCUUGCAGUUCCAAACUAUUGAACCUACACACACCUAUCUCCAAUGGCGUCCAACCAAGACAAAACCCACAACUUCGAAGAUUCAGAUGUCGACAUUGAUGAAGAUGGUGACGAACUCGAUGUUGACGAAGCUUGGAAUGAUUGGAACGCAGAUGAAAACGACGAAAAUGACGAUGAUGAUUCCGAAUUCAAGUGUUUGUUCUGUAAUUUCAACUUCACUUCUUCCGAUUCUAUGAUUCAACAUUGCGAUUCAACUCACCAUUUUGAUUUUGCUUGCCUAAAAAAGAGCUUAGGGUUGGACUUCUAUGGCUGCUUUAAGCUUGUUAAUUACGUUAGGGCUAUGGUAGCACAAAAUAGCUGCUGGAGUUGUGGCCAUCAGUGCAAGUCCAAUCAAGAGCUUCUAAAUCAUCUCCAUGAGACUAAAGUUUCACAGGAGAUGAAGCUUUUGUGGGAUGAUGAUAGAUAUCUGCAACCUUUUAUGGAAGGAGAUUCUUUGCUCUAUAGCUUUGAUCAAGAUGAAGAUUUCGAAGAAGAUGAGUGUAUGCAGUCUGUUGAUGAGGAGGAACUAUCACGGAUAGUGGGAGAAGCAAAGAAACUGUCGAGUAUAUUGGGUGAUGUGCAGAAAAUAUGCUCUGAUGAUGAAGUGAUGGUAGACGCUGAUGCCUCUAGCCCCACUGAUUCGAAUAGGGAAGUGACAAAAGUUAUGCCUUCUACUUCUAUUGGUAGCUCUUCUAGGGAAGCAGUGGUAAAUGGAGUUGAUGUUGGACGUGAUUUAUCGGAUGCAAUGAAAAAGAAUUUGUCCCUUAGAGCUUCUUUUGGUAGAGUUGCAGCAUCAGAGAUUAAGAAAGUAAACGAAAGUUAUUUUGGAUCCUACAGCUCCUUUGGCAUCCAUCGGGAGAUGUUAAGUGACAAGGUUAGAAUGGAUUCGUAUAGUCAAGCUAUUUUGAAAAAUCCAUCUCUUUUUGGUGGUGCUGCUGUGAUGGACGUUGGUUGUGGGACUGGUAUACUAAGUCUUUUUGCAGCCCAGGCAGGGGCUUCGAGAGUUAUAGCAGUGGAUGCAAGUGAGAAGAUGGUUGCUGUUGCUAGUCAGAUUGCGAAAGAAAAUGGCUUUUUAAGGAAUGCGAGUACUUGCAAAGGUAGUAAGCAGAGCUCUGACGUAGUUGAAGUUGUCCAUGGUAUGAUUGAGGACAUUGAAAAAACGAUAUCAAUUAAACCCCAUACUAUAGAUGUCUUAUUGAGUGAAUGGAUGGGUUACUGUUUGCUCUAUGAAUCAAUGCUCAGCUCUGUCCUCUUCGCACGGGAUCGAUGGCUGAAGCCUGGGGGUGCCAUUCUGCCAGAUACAGCAACUAUGUUUGCUGCAGGUUUUGGAAGGGGUUGUACCAGUCUCCCCUUUUGGGAAAAUGUUUAUGGUAUUGACAUGUCUUCCGUUGGGAAGGAACUUGCUAAAGAUGCAGCCGAGCAUCCUAUAGUUGAUUUUGUUGAUAAUAAUGAUAUUGUGACUGAGACUGCAUCUCUGAAGAACUUUAAUUUGGCAACCAUGAAAAUAGAAGACAUGGAUUUUACUUCUAGCAUCGUGUUGCAACCGAAGUCGACUAGUGUUGCUGAAUCAGGUGACAAGAAACACGGGCUGACAUGGUGUCAUGGAGUUGUUCUAUGGUUUGACAAUGGAUUUACAAGUAGAUUUUGCAAAGAAAUGUCAGCUAACUUAUCCACAUCCCCAUACACGCCAAAGACACAUUGGGCCCAGACAAUUUUCACCUUUAGGGAGCCCAUAUUACUCUCAUCAGGAAGACUUGAUGUUAAGAGUUCAGCUGUCGUUGGUACUGAUUCAUGCCCAGCCUCUAAGAUUGAGGUACGCAUUAGUAUUGCUCGUGCACCGCAGCACCGAGCCAUUGACAUAUCAAUGGAGACUUCAGCAGUCAGCCAUGAUUGCCGAAGGCAAGCUUGGCCUGUACAGAUUUUCAACCUCUCUUAGAAGCUUACAUUUUUUAUGUCCUGUUAUUGUUGUAUCAGUUGAGUGAUUGAUAUAGUCUUAUUUCUCCCUUAAUUUUCUUGUUCUUUUUGUUACAUUUUAUAGCCAGUAAUGACCUCCAUAUAUGGACAUCUACAAAUUUGGUUUAUUUGGGUAUAUUGAAGAUUUUUUUCGUUCUUUAA